UUAAAUGCCUGCAGAACAUCAGAGGUUGAUGUCAAACAGGUAACUGGAAAUGUGAACCUGGAGCCUCAGAGUGAAGCUGAGGCCAGAGCAUGGGUAAGUUCUCUCUCCAUGGGGAUGAUUUUCUUUUGCUGCCCAAUAGUCAGCAUCUUCACAGACAUAUUUGGUUGUCGGAAAACAGCUGUUGUGGGUGCUGCUAUUGGAUUCAUUGGACUCAUGUCCAGUUCUUUUGUAAGUUCCAUCGAACCUCUGUACCUUACCUAUGGAAUCAUAUUUGCCAGUGGCUGCUCCUUUGCGUACCAGCCUUCCUUGGUCAUUUUGGGACACUAUUUCAAGAAGCGCCUCGGACUGGUGAAUGGCAUUGUCACCGCUGGCAGCAGUCUCUUCACAAUUUUGCUGCCUCUCCUUUUAAGGGUUCUGACCGAAAAUUUGGACCUCUUUUACACGCUGAGAAUCCUCUGCAUCUUCAUGUUUGUUCUCUUUCUGGCUGGCUUUACUUACCGACCUCUUGUGCCCAGUGUCAGAGCUAAAGAGAGUGGAGUCAAAGGAGGCAACAGAUCCUCCCUCUUUUCCAGGAGAAAGUUCAGUCCUCCCAAAAAAAUUUUCAAUUUUGCCAUCUUCAAGGUGACAGCGUACGCAGUGUGGGCAGUUGGAAUCCCGCUUGCACUUUUUGGAUACUUUGUGCCUUAUGUUCAUUUGGUGAAACAUGUGAACGAAAGGUUUAAAGAGGAAACCAACAAGGAGGUGGUUCUCAUGUGCAUUGGCAUCACGUCGGGAGUUGGACGGCUGCUCUUUGGCCGGAUUGCAGACUACGUGCCUGGCGUGAAGAAGGUUUACCUACAGGUGCUCUCCUUCGUCUUCAUUGGUCUGAUGUCCAUGAUGAUUCCCUUGUGCAGUGUCUUUGGGGCCCUCAUCGCCGUCUGUCUCAUCAUGGGCCUCUUCGAUGGAUGCUUCAUUUCAAUUAUGGCCCCCAUUGCCUUUGAGUUAGUUGGUGCCCAGGACGUUUCCCAAGCAAUUGGGUUUCUGCUCGGAUUCAUGUCUAUACCCAUGACUGUGGGGCCACCCAUUGCAGGGUUACUUCGUGAGAAGCUGGGUUCCUAUGAUGUGGCAUUCUACCUCGCUGGGGUCCCUCCCCUUAUUGGAGGUGCUGUCCUUUGCUUUAUCCCAUGGAUCCAUAGUAAGAAGCAAAGAGAGAUCAAUAAAACCACUGCAGGAGAAAAGAUGGAGAAAAUGCUGGAGAACCAGAACUCUCUGCUGUCAAGUUCACCUGGAAUCUUGAAGAAAGAAUCUGACUCUGUUAUUUAAUGUCUUCUAUACCUCCACCAGACUGGAUUUGCUUUCAGAAGUUUAAGCAAGUUUUCCUUUUAUAUAAAUUGCAAAUUAUUUUUUUAAUCACAUCCUAAGAAUAGCACAAUAAUGGGAAAUAGAACAUUUAUUACUACAAGAACCAUUUUCUGCCACCGAAUAGCUGUCUAACAUUUCCAUGAGUCUGAGGACAGAGACUCUGGUCCAUGAAAACAUCUCUGGAAGUUAAAUAUUAUGAGAAUUUGAUCCAUCUCAGUAGAAAGCAACUUUGGAAACUGUGAAUGCUAUUUAGCUUCUACAAAUAUUUAAAAAAUACCUCAAGCUAUACU